GCGCCGACAAUCCAAUGCAUUUAAUAUGAGAAUACCCAGGACAACAAAAUCAAUAUCAGUGUUUUGAGAAUGAAGAGAACACACACGCACACCCCGAUUCUAUUCCAUAAAUACAGUGCCCAAAAGUUCAAGAAUUCCACCCCGCCGCUGCCGCUUCCGGUCUUUCAUUUCGACAUCCAGGAAAUGGCUACCGCGACCGCGACGGGCCUCUUGCUCGUGGUGCUCCUCCUCUUCGCGGCGACACCGGCCCCGUCCCUCGCGGAAUUGUUCGUCGUCGGCGGCAAGAAACAUCGCUGGGCCCCCAACAACAUCAACUAUACAGGCUGGGCGGACCAGCAGCAGUUCCACGUCGGCGACUGGCUCGAAUUCAGGUACGAGAAGGGCAAGUACGACGUGGUGCAGGUGAACGAGACGGCGUACGCGGCGUGCGACGCCAGCAGCCCCAUCCUCAGCCACAGCCGCGGCCACAACUUCGUCUUCCGGCUCAACCACACGGGCCGGCUCUACUUCAUCUGCAGCCGCGGCUACUGCUGGAAUGGCAUGAAGUUCUCCGUGCUCGUCCAGCAGCCGGCCGUGGCGCCGGCGCCGCACGCGUCAAGCGCCAGUGCGGCUGCGGCGCCCGGGGUUUGGUCUGCGGCACUAGCUGCCUCGCUGGGCUGGGGCUGGGCGGUGGUCAGGCCGUUGCCGUUUCGGGUCUAAAAACGUCCAGGCGCGCACACUGGACAACUGGGCAUGAGUCUGCACUCUGCAGCUGCUUGCUACUACAGUGCUACCCUUUCUAACAGCAUAGUGUAGCCGUGUGAACGGAAAUAAUCGAGAAGAUGAGUCGUGACGAACUGUCGCGCUGGUUAUAGUACAAACGUUCGCAUGACCUGUUCCUGCA